GAAAAGGCUAUGAAUGUGCUCUCAGAUUCUAUUCUUUCCAUAACGAUUUGGAUAGUUCUAGCGAUCCAUUUGGAAAUCGAGUGCAAAGAAAAAUGUUACUACAUCGAUUUGCUGUACUCGAACUGGACAGACGAUCGCCCACGAUUCAUUGUGAACAUGACAUUUUCCAGCCAAAACGGCAUCGCUUCAGUAACUACCAUUAACGAUCCUGUUAUAUCCCCCGUCGCAAGUCUGUUAAUUGUACAACAAAGUCCAAACGAAAAGAAGCGCAUAGUUUACAACAUGACAACCAAAUUAUGCGCCAUUAAGGGCAUAAUUGAUGCCGUGCCACUCUUCAAGCCAGUCAAGGAAAAUAUGCUGAGGCAAAGCAACUAUACAUUCAGUUGCCCCCUUAACAAAGGCGUCUACGUCAUGAACAACAUGCGCAUCAAUCCGAAAAAUCCUCUACUGAGCUUGCUCUACCAGGCCAAAGGCAUAUUCACGGUGACGGGUGCUUUGUUGGAAGAACUGCCCAAUUCAGAAAUGCAUCCACUCUCAACGUAUAACUUUGCCGGAAAAAUCUUAAAAAAGGGUUGUGGUAGACUUGACUAAGUUUUCGUACAAAAUUUAUCAAUUUGUUCACCUAUUCGUACGAGUAGAA